AUGGCGUGGAUUGCGUGGUCUGACCUGGCUAAACCAAAAGCCUUGGGAGGUUUGGGGUUUAGAGACUUUCAGAGAUUUAAUGAGGCGGCUUUAGCAAAGCUAAGUUGGAGGAUUUUCGAAAAGCCUGAUUCUCUACUGAGUAGAAUAUUAAAAGGGAAAUAUUACCCGGAGGGAGACAUACUGAGUUGCCAACCGGUAUCUGCUAUCUCCCAUGGUUGGAGAAGCGUUUUGGUGGGCAGAGACCUACUCAUACAAAAUCUGGGAUGGGUUGUUGGAGAUGGAAAUGACAUCAAUAUCUGGAGUGAUCCCUGGCUAGAUCACACUAUGCAGUUGCGCCCGUAUGGCCCUGCUCCUGCAGAGUACUCACACCUCACAGUCGCUGACCUGAGAUACGAGAACCUCAUUCUCACCAUCAAGCCAAGUCUAGCAAAUGCACAUGACCGUAAAGUCUGGCUGGGAACUAAAUCUGGAACCUAUACCUCAAAGUCGGGCUAUUACUUUGCGACUGCAGUAGCAGAAGGAGAGGAUGACACAAGAACAAAUGCACACAGUCCCUGGUAUAAGAAUGUCUGGAACCUAAAAGCAUCACCAAAAGUUAAGAUGUUUGCUUGGAAAGUGCUGAAGAGAGCCGUACCAGUUUGGCGUGAUGCCCCCUUCGCUACAAGCUUUGAACCUAGAGGAAUAACAGAUUUGGAGACCAGCUGGUCAGCUAUAUGCGCCACCCCCUGCUUGCCUCCUACAGGAAUCAUAUCCAGCCAGCUAGGCCCUUGGAUACUAUGGAUUCUGUGGAAAGAAAGAAACAGACUUGUUUUUGAUGGAUUCUCUGCCUCGCCGGAAGAAGCUCUAACUAUGGCAGUAAGAGCAGCAAAGGAAUGGGAACUGGGACAGAAGACAGAGAAGAAGCCUACCAGCGCCCCCACGCAACAGCCUUUUACUCCGCACCCUGAAGCUACCUUAGUGCGUACGGAUGCAGCUUGGAGAAAGGAAGAUAGGAAGGCGGGUCUAGGUUUGACAGUAAAGACGGCAAGGUUCGAGAUUCGAAGGAAAAAACCAUUCUGUCAUGUUUCAUCAGCCCUAGUCGCAGAGGGACUAGCCAUUCGCGAAGCUCUGCUCUUCUGUAGAGAACACGGUUUAAAGAACAUUAGCUUGGAGUCUGACUCUUCACAGCUGAUUAAAGCUUUACGCAGUGGAGAGCCCCUAACGGACUGCAUGGGAUCCUCUCGGACAUCUUCAAUCUCUGUAGCGCCCCUGAGGCUUUGA